AUGAGACUCAGGAUUCCCAACAUCAUCUCAAGGCACAAUGAAGUGCCGGACGUGGCCGAAACUGCUACUGGUAGCGAUGUCGAAGUCGCUGGUACCCAGCAGCUGAACGAGAAGGACGGUGUCCAGGCUCAAGUUUCGAGCAAGCCUGAGGAAGAGGCUGUCACUCCAGAGUUCCAGCACGGUGUACAAGCCGCGCAGGCUACCAAUCAGGUCUGGACAAGGAACCAUCUAAUCGCAGCUUAUAUCAUUAUCUGGGUCAUCAACUUCAUCCAAGGCUUCGGCUCAGGCAUCACUGGCACAUUGACCCCUUACGUUACCAGCUCCUUCCAACAACACUCCUUGACCGCCACUACCAGCAUCAUCUCAAGCUUGAUCAGUGGUCUGUGGAAGCUUCCUUAUGCUAAGAUCCUCGAUGUCUGGGGGCGUCCUCAGGGCUUUGCAUUGAUGGUUGCAUCUACUGUGCUUGGCUUUGUCAUGAUGGCUGGGUGUAAUAACGUUACAACAUACUGUGCUGCUCAAGUUUUCUAUCAACUUGGAUACAGCGCCAUUGAUUUUACCAUCACCAUUUUCGUUGCAGAUACAUCCUCGCUACGCAAUCGUGCUUGGUGGAUCGCAUAUACUGCUUCGCCAUGGCUGAUAGUGACAUGGUGCUAUGGACCCGCGACCAACUCCGUGCUUGAGACCAUCGGCUUCAGAUGGGGCUUUGGUAUCUGGGCAAUCGUCUAUCCCAUCGUAUGCGCUCCUCUCUUCUGGCUAAUGUGGCACAACCUGAAGAAGGCCGAGAAAAUGGGUCUCAUUCCCAAGCAAGAUAGCGGACGCACCUGGAAGGAGUCUGUCUACUACUACGCCAUUCAGUUCGAUGUCGUUGGUAUCCUGCUCAUCGCCACUGGUCUCUCACUCUUCCUGCUGUCCUUCAGCUUGUACUCGUACCAAGCCGAACAGUGGAAGUCACCCAUGAUUAUAUGCUUCCUAGUCUUUGGUAUCAUCCUCAUGUUUACUUUUUCCUUCUGGGAAGCCAAGGUCGCUCCUGUCACCUUUAUCCCUUGGCACUUGAUGAAAGACCGCACUGUCAUCUUUACCUUUGCCAUGGUUGCUGCCAUCUACAGUGGUUACAACAUUUGGUAUGACUACUUUUACAGUAUGCUCAUUGUGGUCUUCAACACCAAUGUCAGAGAUGCUACUUAUAUCCUCAACAUCUAUACUAUCGGAGCCACGUUCUGGUGUCUGGUUGUCGGUGUUCUUAUCCGGUAUAAUGGACGCCUGAAGUGGAUUGCGCUAUACUUUGGUGUACCUGUCAACCUCUUGGGAGUUGGUUUGUUGAUAAAGUUCCGCCAUCCAGACACCAAUAUCGGCUACAUUGUCAUGUGCCAGCUUUUCAUCGCCUUCGGUGGUGGCACUUUGGUCAUCUGCGAACAAAUGACCGUCAUGGCAGUCAGCACCCAACAAAACAUCCCCGCCAUCCUCGCCUUUGAAUUCAUGAUCGCCAACAUCGGUUCCUCCAUCGGUUCCGCCAUCGCCGCCGCCAUGUGGACCGGUCUCUUCCCCACAAACCUCGCCAAAUAUCUCCCCGCCUCUGCUCUUCCCGACUUGCAAACUAUAUACGGAGAUUUGACAGUGCAAAGCUCUUAUGCUAUUGGUUCUCCCGAGAGGGAUGGCAUUAAUAGGGCGUAUGGCGAGACGCAGAAGUUGAUGUGUGUGGCUAGUACUUGUAUCUAUGCUACUAUUAUUGUGUGGGUUUCGUUGUGGAGGGAGAUUAAUGUCAAGGGGAUGAAGCAGACCAAGGGUAUGACUAUGUAA